AAAUGUGAACAGCAGGGUGUGACAUCCAAACUGCACCUUAUAUAAAUGCUCUUAGUCUGCAGUCUUAUGCUAACCCCUUGGAAACAGCAAACGCCUUUGAGAUGAACAUCUUCUUGUGCCUUGCACUGGGAUUGUUGGCUACUGCCACGCUAUGCCAAGGCUUUUGUUUCGUUCUUCCACGUGUUCUUGAUACAACGACUGGUAGGCUUCCUAACGGUUGCAUCGAUGCUGAAGGCACCAUCCACCAAAUUGGCAAUGCUUGGAAUGACAAAGACUGCAACAGAUGUAAAUGCUUAAAACAUGGAAUAGGUUGCUGCAGUCAAAUUCCUCGUUAUUUUGGUCUCCCUGAAUCCUGUAAAGUUGUCGUGAAUAAAGACUGCACUCACAAGCUGGUGAAUGAGAACGACCCUGACAGUGUCUGUGUCCCAAGGGGUGCUGUUGGCUAAUUGAAACUUCCAGCCAGGAUUAUGAUUUUUUUCAACUUUAAGAAUUAAUAUUGACCUCUCAGUAUUUGUAGGUCACUCUUUUUUCAUCCCUCAGCAAAUCAACUGUUAGAUUCUCUGCAAAUAAAGGGAUUGUUAUGUGCUCUUGAA